AUGGCGGACGACGCUGCACAAAAGGUCCCGCUCAAAUCCCGCCUCGAGAUCCGCGAGAACUGGGACAAAGAAGGGUGCGAGUACCAGGUCGCGCUGGCCAAGCUUCGCAAGACGCUCGGCGCCGCCGUCGUCGUCGACAUGGACUGGGCGAUGGUGCUCGCGACCAUCAAGCCGCAGUGGACGCCCGCGGACGGGCCGGUGCGCGACGUGGCGCAGAACGUGACUUUCUGGCUGAAGGUCGCGACGGAUAUGGUGUCGGACGCCGAGCGUGCGAAGUGGACAGCGACGCUCGUGGACAAGAUUGGCGGCGAGCUGCGCCUGCUCGUCACUGUCGAAAACAGCGAGGAGAACCGCCGCCACCUCGAAAACUACUGCACGUUCUACUCCGAGCGCCAGAAGUGCUUCGUGUACGAGCUGCACAAGACGCUGCUCCAACACGACUCGGAGUCGCUGCGGAUGUCGCUCGAAAAGGCGUUCGACUACCGCGCGCAGUUCAUCACCGCUGCCGACCAGGCGGCCGCGUUCAAGCGCGAGCGGCUAGGCGAGGACCCAACGGACGGGCAGUACGCCUCGCUCCCUCGGCCGCAGGUGAGCGCGAACGCGCUCGCGCAGGAGACGCUUCCUGUGUCCGAGACGCAGCGGCGGACGGACAUCGUGUGGGCGAUGCCGAACUACCGCCUCGUCCUUCGCCCUGACGAGCUCUUCCGCCUUCCGCCGUACUACAUCGUCGUGCGGGCUACGGGCGCCACAGUCGAGGUGCAGGGGAGCCACUCGCUCUCGCUCGAGUUUCUGAACAAUUACCUCUCGAUGUGGGUGCGCGGCGGCCACAAGCCGCUCGCGGAGGUAACGCUCCACUCGUCCCCGUUCUCCUUUGAGACGGUGUACGACCGCCUCACGAUCGCCCCGGCGGACGGGUUCUCGGCCCUCACGACGGUCCUGGUGCUCGUUGAUGCCACCCUCGGGUACACCGAGACGUUUACCGAUGGCUCCGUGUGGCAGUUUAUCCGCGUGCGGGCGUUCACCAAGAGCCACUGGGGGCCUGGUGGGGUGACCUAUGACCAGGCUAUUGAGGAGGCGUCGGACGAGGAGACGAAGCGCAAGCUCAGGUAUGAGCAGGGGAUGAUUCAGAAAUCGUCGGCCCCUCGUUUGCCCCCUCGAAUGCGACGGUUUUAA